CAAACGCACCGGCACCGGGGCAGGAGCCCAAGGUGAAUCCACGCGACCGGGGGGCGUGGCUUGUCCCACCACCCGCACGCAUUGAAAAGCGGUGGCGUCUGUCCUCGAGGACUCAGAGAAGCAGCGGACUGCCCCCCACCAAAACACGCGCGCGUCAACACGUGAACGGCACGAGCGGGACGCACCGCUCCGACACUCGGCGAUUCCUCACAAGUUUAGUUUUUUUUCUUUUAAGUUUCGACCUCUGGGAAUGGACUUCACAGCCAAGAUGGAGAUUAACGUCAGCCAGCAUCAGCAGCUGCUGCCGCCCGCCUGCUUCUUCUCCUCCGUGGCGGCGCAGAGCGUCCCGCUGAGCCCGAGCGGCAGCAGCCAGAGCAGCGGGAAGUCGUGCUCCAAGCAGCCGAAGCGGCAGCGCUCGUCCUCCCCGGAGCUGCUGCGGUGCAAGCGGAGGCUCAACUUCGCGGGUUUCGGCUACAGCCUCCCGCCGCAGCAGCCGCACGCCGUGGCCCGCCGGAACGAGAGGGAGCGCAACCGGGUGAAGCUGGUCAACAACGGCUUCGCCACCCUGCGGGAGCACGUGCCCAACGGCGCCGCCAACAAGAAGAUGAGCAAAGUGGAGACGCUGCGCUCGGCCGUGGAGUACAUCCGCGCGCUGCAGCAGCUGCUGGACGAGCACGACGCCGUGAGCGCGGCCUUUCAGUCCGGCGUCCUGUCGCCCGCCAUGUCGCAGGGAUACACCGGGGACAUGAACUCCAUGGCGGGCUCGCCGGUGUCCUCGUACUCAUCCGACGAGGGCUCGUACGACCCCCUCAGCCCGGAGGAGCAGGAGCUGCUGGACUUCACCAACUGGUUCUGAGCGUCUGUGUAAAACGACUCGCAGAUGGACUCGCUUUCCCGUUGGAGUGCGCUUGGGUUUGUCCCGGAGGAGGCCGAGUGUCCGCACGCAGGAACAAGACGCAAUUGUCCUUUUACGCCCGGUGCGCCCGGACCGACGGAACGACAGUGACGGCCUCAAAGUCCCCCGAGGACUCGCGGGUGGAUCGGGCCGGAGAUCAGCGCCGGAGGAAUUAAAGGAAGACGGCUCUCCUGACAGCGUGGGAAUCCGACACACACACACAACGACCCUAAAGUCUCCAGCAUCAACCAUUAAAACAUCUCCUCAACUAUGCUAAACCCAAUCACAGAACACGGACCCUUCGGUAAAACCUCCCAGAAACAUGCUUCCAAGUCACGGAUUUAUUCUAUAAAAUUGUAUAUCAAACGCUUUUUUUGAAAUAUAUUAAGCUAUUUUUGUAUGUAAGAGAUUUAUAGAUGUUUUGUACACAUCAUUUUUGUAUAUAUUUUGUCUAUAUAUUGCGAAGUUGCUUCUAUGCCUCCGGCCUGUGGAGACGUGUAGUCUAUUAUUCUGGCUCUUCUGUUCACGAGGUUCCCAGAAGGAGUUUAACGCUCCGACGUUUUAUUCUAUCGCACCGACGUGUCUUAUUUAAUAGCAAAACCAUGUUAUUGCGUUAUGUCAUGAAGUUCACAAAGAUCAAAACGUAUGCAGCUAUUGUCCAAACAGACCGCAUUCAUUGUCUCUUUAUACUGCCAGCUCUAUAUUGUCUUCACAUUAACAAAUGUUGGAAAAAGAAUAAGUCUUAUAACCAUAUUUUCUACAGUCCAAGAAUAAAACCAUUUGCUACUGAA